CUGUCCAAAUGUCUUAAUGGAUUUUUUGUGUGAUCAGUCUGGUCAAUACAAUAUACAGCACUUCUGUUUACAAUAUAAACGUCUAACACUGUGUGUGUGUGUGUGUGCGUGCGAUGAGGAAAUAAAUAUGACACGAUUGGAUGUUUAAAAAAAGGGGGUUGAAUAUAGUUUAUUGGCAAUAAAACAUGCACGUCCGAUGUCAAAAGGGGGAAGAGAAAAAGAAAGAAAGAAAAAACAUGAAUUACGACAAAACGAGAACAUUGUGUCGUACGGCUCUCAAGCCACGCCCCCUCCUUACUUUGCCAUAGCCUUUUCCGUUGCGUCACUGCGUCAUGCGCACGGCCUACCCGCCGCUUUCCCUUUGAUCGCCAUAGCAACAGCACGUAACAUCAACCGGAGCUAAAAGCACUGAGAUAAACAUUUCACCGCGUGUUAAACUCACAGCACCGACACCUCACACCUCAUGAUGAUGCUUUUCAUCCACCGCUCGGCUCAGGUUAGUCUAAUCUAUCUCCAUAUAGUCCUUUCUUUCCCCCAUAUAGUCCUCACUAACUUUUCGUAUUAUCCAUGAUGACGUCAGUGCUUAUGAAUGACGUGUCCCGUCCCCAAACACACAAAACACGCAGGAAUUUCGGGAAUAGGAAUACUACAUCUUUGUCCAUCAGGACGCAUGGAUGCUGAUGAAACCACGGAGAGUCUGGAGAAGCCGGAUUGCAAAACGCGGCUGCACAAGCUUUCCAGAAGAAUCGUGGAGGUGCUGCUGGAUAUCAGUGAGGAACACUUCAAAGAGCAGGAAGCUUACGAGAUUCCCAACCAAACCGGCUGGGAUGAGGCUAUCCAAGGUUGGGGUCAGUGUUCCUCUUUUUCCGGUCUGUUUAUCGCACAACAAAAGAGCAAGAAGCACAGACCAGAGAUUUCAGCCUCCCAUUGUGUUCUCUGCACCAAUCUGAAGGAACUAAAGCUCUCGGAGAUCGUUGGUCCCAGCCAUGCUGCUUCAGAGGCUUCCUAUGAGCCUUCGAGCGACGUUUCUCCAUCAUCUCUGGAACUUUUAAACAGAACCCUGAGCACCAUUACUUCUACCUCAUCAUCAUCAGAAGAAGCAUCAGUUAUCAGUCUGAAGGGUAGGAGCAUCAGGAAAGACCUGCUGGGAAAUAAACUGCUGUUUGAACCCGAACCGUACACACCUGACAAACUGCUCUCUCACCUACCUCAACCGGAUGCUCCGUGCCUGCUUCUGAAAGAUAGGAACGUUGGGAAAGUGGCCCUGCUCGGCCGUGUUAUGGUAUUGCCUCCGGUAAAAGUGCCAAAAAAUUCAAACGUUAAUCCAAAGAGUUCGAAUUUUUCAAAAAGGAGAGAGGAUAGCGGUGGCACAAGACCGGUUAUCGUUAGUGAGAAAGCGGUUAGUGGUGUUAAUGAAGAUCAGGAAAAAUCUGUGGUUAUUUCUUAUUCUAGCCCAACUGUAGCCACCUCCCAGGGAUCUGUUCCGUCCAAGCAAGGACCAACGCAGCACCAGUAUCACCUGCUGUCUGCUUUAAGCAGCUCCAGAAGGUAUCAGAUUCCCAUCAACACCAUGGCAGAGACUCAGCCCAGUGCCAACUCUCUCCCAGAACGAAAUCUCAGGCAGGAGGAGAUGAUCAGGUCACCAAUACGGCAAAAUUCUGGCCACAGAUCGCGGCUAGGCCUUAAGGAGAAAAAUCUGAGACGGGCAGAACCAGAGCUUCCCAAGCUGUUGGGAACCAGGGUCCAGAUACCAGUGUCCACUCAGAGAUUACUGUAGCUACUGAUCAUCCUCUCUCUCUCUCUCUCUCUCUCUCUCUCAUUCUUCAUGCCAUCCAGUGGACAUUAAAUAUGAGUAUAUGCGAAAACCACAGUGUAUUUCCUCAUCCUGAAAAUAAGAUUCCUUAAACAUGCAUUUAAUGUGUUAGUGCUUUCGUAUCAGAAGCAACAAAAAUGUGUGCAUAAGGAAAUGGAUAAAACACACUGAGUCGAGCUGUUAUGGGAAAAUGAUCGACAACCCGGUGGUACAGCCCUGAAAUUCCACUAACAUCACGUCUUUUUGUUUGUUUAAUACCUCUGCAAUUUGCCAACACUCAGUAAAUUUUUUUUUACUAAAGAACAAAAUACUGUGAAACGUCUACAAAACAAGCUAGUUCCUGUUAUCACUUACAUUAUAGCAGCUAAACAGUCCCUCCCUUACCCGCUGCUUGUUUUACGCAUUAUCAAAGUUAAUAUAAAGGACAAACUCCUCUGUCCUGAAGAAGCUUCCCCCUGUUUACCAUCUGAAAACUUUACCUCAGACAUUACCUCAGACCGUUACGAAGCACAUCUGUUUACGAGGAUAGCUAACUGUAAGCGGUUACUAUCGAAACCAAUACUAUAAAAACCAGAGCAUUAAUGUAAUUAUUUAUUUUUCCUUUCAGAUUUUCAGCUCUACAGACUGUUCUAGAAAAUUAACACACACAUUUUGGCAAGUUAUUUAUAAGGUUUAAGACAUUUUUAGUCAAAAUAAAAUUGUAUUUCUGAUUCAAAUGCUGCAGGAACGAGUCGUGAAACCCGGAAAUGAGUCAAUUCUGAGCACUUCCUCUUCCAUCGUCCCAAAAUCAGUGACUUUAUUUGAAUAGGUUUUUGGUUAAAUGCCUGAUAUCUGAAAUCUCUCUCUUUAUCCUACGUUAUAAAACACAUCAGUAAAUCCCCACUUGUCAUUAUUUAAAGCUUUUACGUGUCAGGAAAAAGGCGGUUGUGAUGCGAACAAGUGGUUAAACCGGACCACAGGGACUUUAAAUAACAUCACACCAAACAGGAAGCUCAUCUACCGCUGCAGUCUCGUUGUGUUUCUACUAAUAACACACUUUCAGCAUUUCAUUCAGUCAGAUUCAUCAGAGCUCAGUGGCUUUUUAUCAGGGAACAAGAUUUGAUAUAAAGAUGGAAAAGCGUAGCGGUGAUUCUGUUCAAGUGUGUGGUGGAGUUUGUUUAUAGUCUUUAGAAAUGUUAGCUUUUUUACUCCUCCUGUUUGUAUUUAGAAUUUUCCUUGGUGACGAUGAUCUUGAGCAAAACAUGGAAGAAUCCUGAACUUUCGUUGCUCUUUAUUUUCAGCAAUAAUCCAAAAGCCACAUGUGUACUUCUAAUCUACAAGUCUAUAACGUUAUUUACACUAUGUUGCCAAAAGUUUUGGGACGUCUGCCUUUACAUGCAUAUGAAUAUAAUAUGGAGUUGUCCCGCCCUUUACAGCUAUAACAGCUUCAACACUUCUGGAAAGGCUUUCCACAAGGUUUAGGAGUGUGUUUAUGGGAAUUUUUAACCAUUCCUCUAGAAGCGCAUUUGUGAGGUCAGGCACUGAUGAUGGACGAGAAGGUCUGGCUCACAGUCUCCGCUCUAAUUCAUCCCAAAGGUGUUCUGUGGGGUUGAGGUCAGGACCAAAUUCGGUUAUCCAUGUCUUUAUGGACCUUGCUUUGGUCACUGGUGUACAGUCAUGUUGGAACAGGAAGGGGUCAUCCCCAAUCUGUUACCACAAAGCAUGAAAUUGUCCAAAAUGUCUUGGUAUGAAGCUGAAGCAUUAAGAGUUCCUUUCACUGGAACUAAGGGGCCGAGACCAACCCCUGAAUUCAAUGAUCUGGAGGGGUGUCCCAAAACUUUUGGUAAUAUAGUGUAUCUUGUUCCUCUUUAUUAUUGUUUUUGUUGUUAUAGCUAACUCUUGACUGCUCCUAGUGAACUGAUUGAGAGUUUAAACCUUAAAUGCACUCCAGAUGUUUACUGUGUUAAGUCAUUAGUUGCCUCAAUAUCCAGAGAUGCAAACUUUUCACCUUGCUAAUAAAAAUCCAGUUACUGUAAUAUUUCAUGUCUCAGCACUCAGUUUUGUAGCUAAACUGUAUGAUUUUCACUCCAGAACCUCAGAGCGCUCUGACCUCUCACCCUGUCUGUGCUAAUUAAACUGACCAUUACUGUUUGGUCUGUUUCAAAUAUUAGAAAUAUUAGAUAUAUAGAAAGAUAGAAAGAUAGAAAUUAGAUAUAGAAAAUAUCUAAGAACAGCAGGUGUACAAUAGAAUAUCAAUCUUUCUAUGGGAUUUGAAGAGCUCAGGUCUAAGAAUAUCUGGUAAUCUCAGAGCAGUUGUCAAGUGGCAUGGAAAUAUCACUCACUCUCUGGCCUGAAUUAUUGAUGCUGCGAUUAUCGAGGCUGGAGAGUUUCACACUUGAGUCACUGCAUAUUUUAUUCAAUUCAGACACACAGACUAGAAGUACCCUAUAAUAAUGAGAGUAGAAAAGUUGGAUUUGCUGUUUGGUUAAUGGAGUGAUAAAGUCUUAAAAGAUUUAUCGUUGAAGUGUAGAAUAUGGGAACAGGUUUAAGAAUUUUUGCAGAUUUCCUGGGAUUAACAGAAUAAUCUAAGAUGAGGGGUUGAUUUUUAAUGAAAAAUAUCUUUUAGAAACUGUUUGAAUGAACAACUAACAACAUUUCUGCUUACAUUUAAAUACUGGAGGUCAACUUUUACACACGUACCCUAUAUUCGGACACUCCUCCAAAUCACUGAGUUCAGGUGUUGUUUUUCAGGGGUUGGGCUCGGCCCCUUAGUUCCAGUGAAAGGAACUCUUAAUGCUUCAGCUUCAUACCAAGACAUUUUGGACAAUUUCAUGUUUUGGACGUCCCAAAACUUUUUAAUAUGUAAUAUAUAUCUUAAUAUAUACCAAUUUGUACUUAAAGUAUAAGUGAUGCGUUCUCUGGAAAACGAAUCCUCACGAGAUCCACUUGGUAAAAGACCUUCAUUGUUUGCAGUUCACGGCUCAUGGCUACUCGAGAGACACAUCUCAGUUACCCGGCAACAGAAGAGCCUCAAGUGCCUCCAGCCGCUCAACAUCAUGGGGCCUCGGGCGCCUUUCUGUCGCAGGAAACACUUAAGACAUUUAAAAAUUCCACACAUACAUAGUGAAGGACUGAAUAAUUUUUUUUUCCAAAAACAAAUGCUCUUAUUUUCUCCUAACACACACAGAUGACACUUUUUCACCAACUCCAGUGCUGUAACCCUUACCUCAUGACUUCUUUCUCCUGUCUUCUAGCACAUGUUUAUUAUUUUGCCAGCAGUUUCUGCGUGGAAGAGGCUAACGAUGGAUAGUUACAGGAAAUAAGAGAGUAAUUGAAGCAUGAGAAUUUGUAUCGUUAUACCACAGAGCACUGGUGAAUUGUCUGAUCUGACCACUAAUUAUGACCAAAAGU